AUGAUAUACAUCGGCGUUGCGGAUGGUAUGGAAACGAACUUCAAGUUCAUGCGCCUACCCAAUAACGUGAUAUUCACAUCUGCCCAUGCGUUGUUUGAUGAGACACUGUUUCCUAAGUGUGCGAAGCAAAAGCAAACGAAGAACACGCGUAUUGGAGGUCCGCGAUCCAAAGACACCAACCACCCAUCGGGUCAACCACCCGUUCCUUGGGACGACGAUGAUGAAAUUCCGUCGGCUCCUAUUCCCACUAUAACUCCUGAAAAGGGGAAAGGCAAGGCGCCAGACAGCGAAUUAUCGCCUCCACCAGAGGACGAACCGGCUCCUGUGCCUAGUUUGCCACCUCAGACUCCGAGAAAAAGCGACAACCCAUCUGCACCGGAAACACCGUUCACUGGCUAUCGCGAAAGCACCAGUAAAGCCCCAUCCUCGGAAUCUGAUUCUGAAGGAGAUGCUCGGUUAGCAAAACUAUGCCAGGAGGGGGGAGUACAGUUCGUCGAAGCGUUGCUUUUGCGUGCAUAUCCACUAUUCGGCGGAAAUCCCAAUCAGUCCAAUGUAAAAGAAUGGACAUAUCGCGAUAUUCAGCGGCUUAAACCUGCUGAACAGAAGGAAUGGCGUGCUGCAUGCCGUGAUGAGCUUGAAGCUCUCCGGAAG